AUGCUAGAAGAUGUUUAUGGAGAAGAAUUUCCUUGCUUUAAUUUGUAAAAACCAUGAAAGCACCUCACAAUUAAAUGAUAGCAAUGGAAUUUGAAACAUUGGGAAACAAAACAGGAAACCUGGAAGAUGUUUCUAGGCCAGUCAAGACAGUUGAGGUGCCUUUGAUUUGUAUUACUACAUCUUUUGUUAAUUUUGAAGAACAACUCCCUGAAAAAAACCAAUCAGCUAACAGUUGGCCAACAGUCAGUCAACAGAUGGCUGACAGUCAGCCAACAGAUGGCCAGCAGGUGGCCAGUUGUCAGCGGUCAGUUUUAACCAGACCAAAGUGUAAAUAAAGUACAGUCAAAAUUUAGUUUUUCCCUUUUAUUCUUGGGUGCAUUGCCAAUAUUGGUAGCCUGUGGGUAGCCUGAUAGUGACCUGUUGGUUAUCUGUAGGCCAACAGUCAGCUGACAGAGUUUCUUACGGAGCUCUUCUUCACACUUACCCAUCUUUCAGUAAUGUAUGAACUUUGAGGCUCAGUGACACUAACAUAAACCAGAAUGAAGCUGCACGACUGCCAAUGCACUCCAGUUACAUGAAUAAGAGUCCUCUAUUGAGAUAUUGAAAUGGUGUUCAGAUUAGCAUAUUGUAUUACAUCUAUAUAAAGCCAGUGGGGUCCUUAGAUAUGUCUUGAUAGGGGGGUAAAUACUUACAGCUGUAUGCUGCUCCUGUGAGCACCCCUUUCUUAGAGAGUGCUGUGAUUACUUGUCAUGGCUGACAUGAGUUUCAGCUCAUAUGUCUGGCCUAUGACACCUUUAAAGGAGUCUUAAUUUGUCACCUUUUUUCAGUGACAAAUUUGUCUUAAUUUUACAAACUGAUUUUUUUUCCUUUGUAGGAUAAAUGGAAACUGCUACCAGCAUUUUUAAAGGUAAAGUAUCCCUCUCUGCUCAUGAAACCACAGACACAUUUAUUUACAUAUUAUCAGAGAAUAAUAAGGAUAAGGAUUAGAUACCCACAGUUCAUGGUGUCUUUAAAGGAAAGAAAACCAUCCAAUUUGGACUCUGAAUUAGAGGGUACAUGUUCUUCUGGAUAUCGAAAAAUUUUCGGGGAAGCUUAACAAAAUGAUGUGGGCUGCUUGUUUUCAUCUUUGUUCUCCUGAAACAGUUUAACAUAUUUGUUCAAUAUUUACAUAUCAAGUUUUUUUGCAUUAAUUUUAAAUUUGCAGGUGAAAGGACUUGUCAAGCAACACAUUGAUUCCUUUAAUUACUUCAUAAAUGUGGAUGUAAGUUCAAUUCUUAGUCUUCCUAAUAUCAGUAUUCCUACAUGAUUGUACAGUUUUUGUGAAAUUUAAGGUAUGCAAAGGAGAGGCUGUAUGGUAAACAGUGUAACUCUGCAAGAAUUGUCAGGGUCAGAGUAGUCCUGAAGGGAAUUCAUGGACAUAGCUGGGAGAGGGGGUAUUCCAGGGUUUCCUGUGGGCUCCCCCCCCCCCCUUGUAAGCAUAACAUGGCAUGGAGAUUGACAUGGCAAUCUGGUGUGUACCCUCUGCUUGUCACAGUGUGACACCCCUGCUUGAAAAAUCCUGGCUAUGCCCUUGGACUGUAGCUGGUAACAGUGACUGACUAAAGACUUAGGUGAAUUCAUCAUCAGAGUUGAGUGAGGAUUUAUUUUUCAGUUGGAUGGAGGGAGAUAAUACUGGCGAUGUUGUAUUUUGAUGUUUGUAUUGCCCUACUUUUCAGAUAAAGAAGAUUGUUAAAGCAAAUGAGAAGAUCACCACUGAUGCUGAUCCAGUGUGGUAUCUAAAAUACCUGAACAUAUACGUUGGCAGUCCUGAUGUGGAGGAAUCUUUUAACAUCACUAAACCCAUCUCACCUCAUGAGGCAAGUUUAUUGGAUAAUCUGGAUGCUGAAUGCCAGAAAGUUUCUACAGGUCCUUUUAACAACAAACUGAUUACUGAUAUGGUUGGGACCAUUAUGGGUUUGAGGUUCAUGAACUGGGGGCAAACAACAAUAAACAAUGAUGUGUCAAUUCAUUUGAAGCUUCAACUUUCCUUCCCCUCCUUCCCUCCCCCUACUGGGAAACCUCCUGAGGAUUGGACCUUUUUUAAGAUUACUUUCUUUAAAGUCCUGUCUCCAGGUUCAAAAUUGGAUUCAAAUGCCCCAAGUGCCAACCUUAGUGGAAGAGAAAUUUUUACCUUAAGACACCUCGUUAUUAAAAGAUGAAACAUGGUCAAUAUGCUGGAAGGGGUUCACAGUUCUGGUUCAAAUUUCCCACCCUACCCUGGCAAGGCUUAAAUCCCCCUCCCUCUGGGCACUGGGUUGCCCAGGGGGAGUGGGAGAGGGGAGAAGAAUGAAGCUUUUUAUUGAUCAGUGCAUAGCAUGAUAUGGUGAGAAUCCAGGAGGUAAUCCCUUUUGGUUCUAGUUAACAUAAGUUUUGAAUUACAAAGGUUUCAAGUUAUAAUAGGAGUCAACUGCAAAUAUGAAUGAAAGCUAUGAAAGGUCAAAACUUACUUGUAAUUACAAUCAUUGUUUAGUGCCGCUUACGGGAUAUGACAUACUCAGCACCAAUAACGGUUGACAUUGAGUACACUAGAGGCAGUCAGGUAAGGAUCAUGUUGUUUUGCUCAAAGUAAUAAUUAUUUUCUAGAUUACUCUGCUCCCUUUCUUUAUAAGGGAAAUAAGAAGCAUUUAAUUGUGUUGUUCUGAUGCACCCAGUUGUUUAAAGUAGUGAGUAGUUCUUCUAAUUUUUGAUAUAAUUGUUAUUAAAUUUACUUGUGUGCAUAUUAUUCAAAUUUGCUUAAAUUAAAAUUUUGUUACAGUGUAACCUGUAAGUGGUUACCUACAGGGAAUACAGGGUGACCACUUAAUGCAGUUUGGACUGUAGCUUGAAAUUUUUUCAUCUGGUACAGCAACUUUAAAAACACUUUGGCCCUUUUGUGCAAGUUGAGGUGGUCACCUUGUAGCUCUGCUCUGAACUGCCAAACAUUUCUUGACUUUUUCUCUGGGUGUAAAAUAGAUUUUUUGGAUUUGUUUGACAGAAUUUUUUUUCUUGUAUUACAAGGGCAACUUCCCCUUGAUAAUGAUUAACAUCUCUGUAUCAUUGAGGAAGGGUGUACUGUAUGUGUGAUAUUGAAUACUAGCAGGGUGGCCUUGUAAAGAGCAGAUGUGCAGGGGAAUUUUGGUUUUGAAUAGUGUAAGAAAUGUAAUUAGUUUACCAUCUAGUAGGAUGAAGUGCCCUCUUCUAUGUUGGUGAAUAAAACCUGACUACUAACCACUAAUUAAGUGCUUGUUGGAAUGUUGUUUUACAGCGUGUGGUGAGGCAUAACCUGCCAGUAGGGAGGUAGGUGUGACCUAGCUGAUAUUUUGAGUAACACAUGCAUGGCGGGUUAUUUGCAUGAGAUCUAACCCAAUCUGUGGUUUUACACAUUCAAGCAGUGUGCCUACGGGAUUCUCUGUAAGAGGGUUGAUUACAUUAAAAAAAGUCUUUCCACUAUUAGCACUCGGCUUUCUUUACACUGUUCACAGAAAUAAAAAGUGAGAUUAAAGGCUCUGCUAAAUUGAAAAAGGUUUAGACCAUGGCUUUGUUACACAACAGCUAAACUUUGUUUAAUAACUGGCACGUGAUGUCCACACUAAUAAAUUCAAUUGGGAGCAGAGGAGAAAAAGCUGCCUGUAGACAAUAUUUAAGCAUUUCUUUUCCUCCAACUUCAAAUCAACUUUGUUUUAGGUUUACUGCUUGUUAUUCAAAAGAUAAACAAAGGGUAACCAGAGAUUAGAUAUGGAAAAUGUUGCCAACAAUUAGCCAUCAGAUUCAAACAAUGUAACUAACAAUAAAGUUGGUUUCCAUCAACAUUGAUUUAAGAGAUUUUGUUUGAGAUUUUACAAUUUUAUUUUCUUGUAUAAGUGCCAUAUGAAAUAAUUUCUGCCAAAAUAUGUUUGUUUUUAUCAAUUUUUAGAAUGCCUAUAAUGCUUCGCAGUUCUAACUGUGUAUUGACUGGUAAAAGUCCAGCUGAGUUGGCAUCCUUGAAUGAGUGCCCUAUUGAUCCAGGUUGGUUAGAGUAUAAUAUUUUAUGGUGAUUCCUCAGUAUUGCGCUGGGUAUCCUGCACCAACCAUUAUGUCAAGUACAGUAGUUGGGGGUAAAUCCUGAAAUGUACUUCAUUUUGGUUUCUCAGCUGAAGAGUAGUGUCAUUCUUUGCUUUGGAUGGUUGAUACCAUACAUUAGUUUAUUAUUAUGCUAGGUGUUGUAAGUGUAAGAUGCUGUUUGGAUUGAAUUUGGAUGGGAGCAGUUUACUUCCUCUAAGUACAGUACAUGUAACCGUUUCUCUGCCAGUUUCCCCACAAAACCCAUGUUGAUCACUUCAACCCUUUAACUCCUAAGAGUGACUGGUGUCUAAUUUCUACUUUUGAUAUCAUCCCUGAAUCAAACAUUAAGGUCAUGAGAAUAAAGGAAAUGAUCACCAACUAAAGAGACUUGUGAUUGUUUGACAAAUUCUCCUUGUCAGCACCUUAGGAAAUGUAUAGAGAACAAUAUGAAGAAUCUGUGCCUGUAUACUGAUGUUAGGGUGUAAAGGGUUAAACAACUAUUUUUUAUGUGGGUGCAGCUGUACAUAGAGAGGGUUAUGAUGGUUUGUUUAAAAGGCAUUCUAAUUUUGAAUUCUUUGAUCACUCUCUUGAAUUACAGCUAGCUGUAAAGAAUCAACUAUUAUAGAAACUGUCAAUUGUUGAUUAUUUUGAAUUUUUAGGAGGUUACUUUAUAGCAAAUGGGACAGAAAAGGUGAUAUUAAUUCAAGAACAGUUGUCAAAGAAUCGUAUCAUUGUGGAAGUAGACAAAAAAGGGAAUAUUGGAUGUUCUGUUACAAGGUGUGUGAUUCACAGCUGUCUACCAUUUACUACUGAAAUAACUCUUUUACACAUACAAUAGGGUGCACUGCAUUCUCCUCCAGAGAUGAAAUUUUAUCUGUUGUUUAUAUUUUAUCUUAGUUCAACAGCUGAAAGAAAAAGUAGAACAAGUAUUGUGACCAAACAGAACAAGUUUUGUUUGAAACAUAAUGCUAUGUCAGAGGUAAGUUUCCUUAUAUUUAUUUCAAUGUGCAUUUUAUGGUGAUAGUUCUGUUUGUAUACCCUCCAACUUCUUCCAGUCAAAGAUACAAUUACAUGUAUGAGUUCUUUAUUCUCUGAGGUCCAGUAUUUUUGUAUAAAUUCUUACCACUUCCAAAGAUGUCCAAAUUUUUUAACAAGCACAUAGUUUUCCUGAGUAUUUCCCUUUCUCAAUUGAAGGUUUUAGAUAAGUUAGGAUCAUUCCUUUAGACCUCUCUUCUCUCUUACUCUUUGAGUUUUCUUUUGUUAUGCAAUGCAUUUUUUUUUUAUUGAAAAGUUUGAAUUUAUAGGCAAGGUAGGCCUCAGUAGGUAUGAGACCAGAAUUUUCAGUUCUCACUCAGAUGUGAUUUAUCAAUUAAGGUCUUGAUAGCUUGAAGAUGCAGUGUAUAUAUCCGUUAGUAGACAGAGUUUUUUUAAUCCCAUAGGAUGUCCCUGUUGUUGUGAUCUUCAAAGCCAUGGGAAUGGAAUGUGAACAAGAAAUCGUUCAAAUGGUUGGCUGUGAGGAGGAAGUGAUCUCAACAUUUGCUCCAUCUCUUGAGGAAUGUCACAAACUAAAUAUCUACACACAAUUACAGGUACACCACUGUUAUCAAACAAAUAUGAUUACAAAGAUUUAAAUAAUUAUAUACCAUGGAAUCUACCACAGAGAUCAGUUUCAGCCUCAUAUACACGUACAGUGUACAUCUUCAGUAAAAAUAGCUAGGCAUCUUAUAACUUGUCAUAAGAUAGAUUACAUAUUAAGUAACUCGAUAGAAGAAGUGCAAUGAGGUACACUUGUAGCAUUUUAGUAAAAGUGCAGUCGUCUUUGAAAUGCUUUUAUUGAGUAGUUUCUAUUUAAAGCAUUUGAAGCGUGUUAAAGUAAUGAUAUGCAUGCUGCACACCGGUUUUUUGAAGUGAGCGACGAUUGGAAGAAACAUGAAGACACAUUUUGUUGUCAUCAAGGAGAUUUUAACAAGCCACCCUCAGUAAUAACUGCUGUGUUUAGAAACUUUGUUAAUGAAUGAGCCCCCUAUCAACCACCCCUCCUCGUAGGGCUUUUAGGAGCAUGUACCGUUAAUCUCUAGAUUGGGAAUGACGUGCCGUAAUGUGUGCUACACCUCUCUAGAUUGUCACCUUGAGACGUACAUGUAAGCACAGCUGGCGAGGGUUUAUAUUCCUGUUCAGUAGGGAUUUGCAUUUUUAGACUCCAAGCAAGUUCAACCUCGUUGCGGGAUAGGCAAAAUUCCUGUUUAAAACCAGUCCAACUGUCUAUCUACGCAAACUGUAAGGGGUAUAAAUUAACCAGCAUAAAGUAAACUGCAUUAAAAUAACAUAUGCCCUAUGUUUGAUUUUAUUAUAUUAACAGGCUUUGCAGUAUGUUGGAUCCAAAGUGCGUCAGCGUGCAACUUGGGGGAAGAGCAGAACUAAAGUGGAGGAGGCAAGGGAGUUGUUAGCAGGAGUUAUGCUCGCUCAUGUUCCGGUAAGAUUAUAAUUCUACACCUCUUACUAACCGAGUUCGACGUCACUACUGUAAAUUACGGCUUAGUUUUUUCCGCAACUUAGCAUACACGCGGGUUAGUGAGAUAUCUUUACUAUACUGUAUCUCUGAGUUCAGAUAGAGGCGGUAGAUUUCAAUUCAAACAACUUUUGAAUCUAGCAGGCCAUGCAGUGAUAUACAGCUGCUUAAAUUGACCAAUCGUAGUGCAUGUACAGGUACAGUACUGCAUUUAGCUGAAAGAUAUAAUAUAACUGAUGACAACACAGUUGGCUUUAUUUGGCGCCAAGACAAGAGACGCUUACUGAAGGUACUUGUUCGUGGACUUUUUUUUUUUUUUUUUUUUUUUUAGGUUAUCAAGUAUGAUUUCAAAGCCAAGUGUGUAUUCUUAGCUCUGAUGGUGCGUAGAGUCAUUCUCGCGUGCAGCGACGAGGUAUGUUGCAAAGUGAACCUGUUGAUCUGAUCUGAUCGUCUGUUUUCAAGGUGGCUCUUGGGGAAGAAUUACUGCAAGAGGAAGCAAAACGUUAUUUACUCGAAAUUUAAGAUAAUUUCUGCUUAAAAUGUCAAGCUGAAUUCAGUGUUUAUUAUUGCGAAGAUCGCUCUCAUUCACCUCUUCAGCUGCGGUUCACAUGUACGAUCAUUUAUUUUCAUCACUUCACGGGCUUCUUACGAACCAACUUAAUGACCAGCUCCCAGUUGGCUUGUUAGCUCAGUUGGUAGAGCACUACACCGGUCUGUAUCGCAUAGGUCGUGGGUUCAAAUCCCGUACGGGCCUGAAAUUUUUUCAGGCCUUAUUUUCACUACUGUUAAGUAGUAUUCUUAACUGCGAAGAUCGCUUUCCGAUUCAUUUCUUUUAAAUAUUCACAGUCAUGAAUGCAACUUGUUUGCCUCAGAGUCGGCUCUGCAAUUUAUACUGUCCUCCAUUCACCAAAAAAAUUUAAGAUAGACAAUAAAUAAUUAUAGUUUCAGGCCUACCGUUAGCUAUCAUGACUUGUGUAUAAAGGUUCAUCUGUACAAGUAUGUCAUAUUUUUAGGCCCAUGUAGAUGACCGUGAUUACUAUGGUAACAAGCGGCUGGAACUCGCAGGCCAGGUAUGUAGCACUGUUCGGAAAACUAUUCGCUUCCCGUAUACAGAUAUCCUUGCUUCUUUCCAUACUAUUGUUUAUUUGUGCAAAAAUGAUAAACUUACUUCGAGAAACUAGAGCAGUUUGUCAGUCUUCUUUAUUGUCUAUUUAUUCUCAGAAGCACGUUAGUUACAAGCUUCUGAUUCACUUGAAUAAUGACUUGGUGUUUGUCUUUUUACAGCUUCUGUCUCUUCUCUUCGAGGACUUGUUCAAGAGAUUUAAUGCAGAGGUAAGCGAUAAGGUCUAUUUCGUCUACUGGGGUGUAUUUUCCUCCAAAUUAGUCUUCCCACCUCCUGUGGAACUUAAUGAAUAGCAAAAAUCCUGUAUUUGCCCGCUUUACACUUGUUUGAUACUCGUAUGCCUGCUGUACCCUUCAUAAAUAUUGUUUUUUUGUUUGUUUUUAGCUUAAGAAAAUUGCAGACCAAACAAUUCCAAAACCAAGAGCUGCCCAGGUAUUCCGUUGUUUCGUUCAGUUUCUCUGUGAUGUGUUCUCGGUGUAUGCUGCUUUUAGGAGUUUAAAUGAAAACUUUUAUUCAGUAACUUCCAAACAUAUUUCGAGAAAUGAUUAAAGGGGUGAGUUUAAAAAGAAACUGUGGUGCUUGGUGGGGAUAAAACAGAAUAAUUUGUUUUUAUUUCUGAUUUGAUAACGUAAAUAAGCCACCGCGAAGAGUUUUUAAAGCUCUAAAACUCUUACGAUUUUCUGUAAAAGGCGACGAAGCCGACCAUUUACUUAUCAUGGUACGAAGCAUUAAGCUUAGUCCUGAUUGGUUGGCUGAUAACAACAGUGAUUGACCCAUUUCCCAAGCUGGGUUCCCUAAGCUUUCCGCUAUUAAACAAUUCAAAUUUAACCGAAAACCAACUAAUCACAGUGGGGUGUAAUGCUUUACCAGUCGACACAUAACUUGUCGAUCACAUCGCUUAAAGGAGACUGGGAAUAUGCAACAUCGAAACAUCGCUAUCAACAGCGGAAGUGACUUAAACGUGAGGCAAACUAUAAUACUUUGUUACAAGUGUCUUCAGCAUGACGAAUAACCACAAACUUCUCGUAGCAUGGUCAAUUCUUUUAUGAAAAUCUGCAUCCCUGGAACAGAAUUUUGUUCUUGCGACAAGACGCACAAAAAUAAACGCAGAACAUGUACACACAAAGAUUUUCGCAGACACCUGUCACAGUGACUUUUUGUCACGUUUGUCUUUGCCUCAAUGAAAUAUUUGUGGUUUUAAAGAUUAAGACUUGAUCUGGCUGAUUGGCUAAUUAUGAUUUACUUUUUGUGUACAGUUUGACAUCGUGAAGCACAUGCGUCAGGAUCAAAUUACCCAUGGUCUGGUUCAUGCAAUCACCUCGGUAAUAAAUGCCUGGAACUUAAUUUUUAUUUUCAUUUGUACAUGUCUUUUCAAUAGCUUGUUAAUUAAUGUAGAAUGAUAAUAAGUAAAGACCCCAAGGACUUCUGACUCCUUUCUGGUCAAAAUGUACCUAUAGUUAGUUUUUGAGAUGUUAUAAUGAAAACCUUGAGAAUGGACGAGGUAAGUGGAGAUAGGGGAAGGGUAACUUAUGAUGUGGAGCAUAUUUAAGGUCUGAAAUUAUACUCCUUAAAAAGUGAGUACUACUUUCGUGAAUAGCCAAACCUUUUACAAGCACUUCAUUAUUUAUAUGAAUGUUGGAAUUUUUUUUAUGUUUGCUUUAGUAUUAUGUCUAGUCAUGUAUUGUAGCUCAUAGAGUGGGAAAUUAGUACGUCUUUCUGACGAGGUUUAUAUUAAGAGCUAAGAAAUCCUUUGUUUCUGGUGGCAGGGUAAUUGGAUCAUAAAGAGAUUUAACAUGAAUCGUGCGGGGGUCACACAGGUAGGCAUAAUGAACUAAAUAAUUUUUGCUUUACAAUGUACUUGUACUUCAGAAAACCUUUCAGUCUUCCAUCGGGGUGGAAGGGGGUUUUGGGGGUGAGUGUGGGGGGGGGGGGGGGGGAUAGCCGGUCACUUAGGUCGUUUGCUAGACUUUUGCGCUGUGGAACAUCAAUUUUAAUUAAGAUUGCUGAUUCCAUUGUGCGAAAAAUGUUUUUUUUCCAGGUUCUUUCGCGGCUUUCAUUUAUUUCUGCUCUUGGAAUGAUGACAAGGAUAAGCAGUCAGGUGAGAGUGAAAGUAAUCUUUGAGUAUGAUACUUAAGAACUUGAGGAGAAAUGUUGAAUACAAUGCAGGAUAAAAGUUGAAAAUAUUGGUGUCAACUCUGAUUAUUACAGAUAAGUUCCCCCCCCCCGACUAAUUUUAUUUUUUCGGUGAAUUGUGGAACUUUGAGGUUUCACUGUCACACACCAUAAGACUUCCUCAUUUUUCAGUCUUAAACUUUCAUAAUAAAGGACACUGGACUUCAAUCUUUGCUUUGUUCCAUUACUUCCAGUUUGAAAAGACCCGUAAAGUUAGUGGUCCUCGGUCGCUACAGCCAUCUCAGUGGGGAAUGUUGUGCCCAUCGGACACCCCUGAAGGAGAGGUGAGUAAUGGGUACGUAACAUGGAUCAAUCAAAAAAUAAUGUCCAUAUUAGUCUCGAGAGUGGGUAAAGGAAAGUCCGAGUUUGGCAAAGGAUACAGAACUCAUAACACGGAACAGCUUAAAGUCCCUGUUUCCCUUACAACCAUUGCCCUCCAGGUUUAGUCGUAACAAAACUUUGAUGGUAGCAGCUAUCAAGUGUUAGUGCUUAUCAUUUUGUAGGAAAUUCAGCAAUAAUCAAGGCGUAUUAAAAAGGCGCCCACCCUUGUAUUCACCUUGAAACGAUUUGAGUGCUGUUUGAAAAUUACUGACGAGGGAUGUUAUGUAUGUUGAUUAGGCCUGUGGCUUAGUGAAGAAUCUUGCACUGAUGACACAUAUUACCACAGACCAGAAUGAAGAACCCAUUAUUCGCCUGGCUUAUAAUUUGGGAGUAGAGGUGAGUUUUUUUUGCAGUGUUAGUAAUUAGAGCUUGUUUUAUGUGCCAUAGUCGAAGAUGUAACUGGAACUAGUUGCGGUUUGAACUAAGAACUAUCAGCCAAAUGGUAGAGUCAUACAACGCGUAAAAAAUGAAGCCCCUUUCCCGUUUCAAAUGCUAAAGCAACGAUUGGAUUUUUUUUUUAAAGUUAAACUGGCAAGAGUUUUAGUUGAUCCAGUGACAAAUCUUAGGAAUGCGCCAAAAAGAAACAGAAAGGAAACAUUUCAGCGAUUGUAGAAUCAGACCUUGAAGUGGAAGAAUCUAAUUUGUUUCUGCCAACUUUGCUCGCAAAUAUAUCAUGGUUAUAAUUGAACACAAGUCCAAGUGUUGUUUUCCAGAAUUUGAAUAUGUUGUCCGGCGAGGAGAUAAGCCAUCCUUCAGUUUAUCUUGUAUUCCUGAACGGUGAGUUAGAUUCUUUCUCUAUUCCUUUUUUUUUUCUUUGCCCUGCCAUUUCUACAGUUAACCUGAGCUUAGUUUGUUUUACCCGGCUCUGCCGAGCGAUUAAUAAUACAUAGAGAGAGAUUUUAUCUACGAUGACAGAAGCCAGAAAACUAAAGUAGCCAGCCCUCAGUUCAGGGGAAAUUUAAUUUCAUGAUAUUAUCUCGUUUUCCUGAUGUAGUUUACGUUUGCGUUUAUUAUAAAAGUUGAUUUUAUGUAUUAAGCCGCAUUUCUCUGUUAGGUAACAUUCUUGGUGUUGUAAAGAACUACAAGCGCUUGGUCGAAACGUUCCGUCUGAUGAGGAGAGGUGAGGUUUUCGAACUGGACAACUGCAUGCAGACAGCAGUUUUUCAGGAAUUAGUUGUUGUUAUGAUAUACAGCUGUACGUGUCCUCGGCAUUUCCACAUUCUUUGGUCACGCUAAUUCGUUUGAAAAGAAACUACUUACACGAAGCGUGUCAAAAGUUUUGUUAUUGAUAUGUUGACUGGUAGUUUUUGUACAAGCCUGUUCAGCAGUUCUUCGAUCCCUUUUUUUCCCGGCCUGAAAAUAUUCAGAUGGACAGGAGAAGGCGAUUGUGAAAAUAGGCUUAACGGACGGGACGCUCAGUAUGAAGUUGGGUUAUUGGAGGGGCACAGAGGGAGGUUAUGAUGAAGAAUGCACUGAGGAGAGCCACAGUUAGAAUAUUGUGUGUGGUAUACACCCCAGCACUUCGCAAAAGUUACAAUAUUUAGAAAGGAAAUUUGUAAAGGUUUUCAAACACAAGUGUGAUUUGUACAGAAACGUUUUUCUGUCCUAAAUGAAGAUAAGGAUACCUUCAGUUUGUUUGUUUGUUGUUGUCUUUUUUUAUGAAGAGGGGGAAGAGAAAGGGAACGUAUUCAAAACUUGAAGCUCUAGACCUAGCGGCAAUUUGCAAAGGAGAGGGGAUUGGGUCUUAGGAAGGGAGCUUAUUCUUAACUCCGACACCCCUUUUUGUCCUAAACAUGUUCUACACUCCUACUCAUCUCAGCACACAUUUAAAGAUAAUUUUUCCUCAUGGUAUUGUCUUGUUUCUUUUAGCUGGUUACAUCAGUGAAUUUGUCUCCAUUUGCCCAAAUCGCCAGCACAGGUAGCUCAGCUUCCUAAAAUGUUGCUAAUUUUCUGUCAGUUUUGUUCAGUUGACCUUUUUCAACAGAGUAACCAAGCAUUUUUUGUUGCAGAUUUGUUAACAUUGCAUCUGAUGGAGGACGAGUUUGCAGGUAAUUCCAUAGACUUUUUCCCCCCCCUACAACAUCUUCGGUAUCUUUUAUAAUCUGAUACAAUGUGACUUGAACAAUUUUUAGGCCUUACAUUAUUGUUAAGAAUGGAAAACCUAAAGUGACUGAUCAACACAUUCAAGAACUCGUGCAAGGUUUCAGGUGAGAGUUUUUUCCUAGUUCCCAAGGUGUUCAUAUACAUAUGGUGGCGUUAUUGUCAUCCCCUGGUGCCUUCCUUCAAACUGAAAUAUUAAUGUUUUCACAUUUUUGAAAACCUCCACUAUUCGUCAGCGAGCACGUUCCAAAACCUUAGUUUUGCUUAUCACCGAAGUCAAUGUAGAUAUAACCUCUUUUCGAUGACUCGGACCAUUUUCAGCGCUGUUGAUUCAAAACUUGCAAAGGUCUUUGGUAAUGUUGACCAUGCAUGUCACAUGAUCUGAACAUGCUCAAAUAGACGUCUGUUGUGAAAUAAAACACUUUUCAAGCUUUGCAUGGAAAAUGGUUCGUUCAUUAUGGCUUGUUUUGAGCGGCCAUCUCUCUACUUAUGGUUUAGUUACGGAAGGUUAGACUAUUUUUGUUAUUUUAGUACGUGGCCUCUUGUAAACAUGAUAUUUUUGUUUUGUUUUGACCAGGAGCUUCGAAGAUUUCUUACAUGAUGGUCUAGUUGAGUAUCUAGAUGUCAACGAAGAAAAUGACUGCGCAAUUUCCUUGUACGAGAAGGAAAUUACAAAGUAUGGCAAGACUGACUUAAAUCAUUUUGUAGGCAGUGUAUUACAUCUGCAUCGCAGGGUUCCAGUUCGGUCCUUCAUUUAAGUUAAUGGUUUUGUGCAAACAUCUACGCAUGCUUCAACUGAAGAGAUAUCGUUUUUAUAAACAGAAUUUCAACGCUCUGCCGAGCCAACUGGUCGGUUUAUUUUCAUUAUUGCGGGAUUAACUUUGAACUGCAGGGAUUGCUUACAUCUGAAUCACUAGCAAUUAUUCCAUGAGCAUGCGUUGGACCUCGUUGGUUAUCACCAAUCUCGUAUCCAACAAGCGCGAAUAAAAUCGUUGUUUUAUUAAAUUUCACGUUUGGAUAUUUGGAACCUUUUUUCAGCUCCGCAACAGUUGGCGCAAUUCAAUUCCAUGCGAGGUGACUUGGGAUAUGAACUAAUAACCGUAGUUUAGUGAACCAAUCAGAACACUAGAAAUGCAACAUUCGGAGUUGAAAAUUUAAUGAUCACUAAUAGUAUUAACUGAACUUACUAUAUGGUAAAAAGAGUGUCGCUCUCUUCAAAUAGCGAAUAAUUGUAUCAAUUGUUUUCAUGUUUCUCUAAAAGUAGCACUUGGCCUUAUAGGGAGACAACACAUCUUGAGAUAGAACCGUUCACGCUGCUAGGGGUAUGUGCUGGCCUUAUACCAUAUCCUCACCACAAUCAGUCUCCUCGGAACACUUACCAGUGUGCUAUGGGCAAACAAGCUAUGGGUACGUACAUUGUUCUGCUACUUUGCUUGUAUCGGAAAAUGGGGCAGUGGUUAUGAAACAAUUCUGGCACAGAUAUCAGCAUAUACACUAAGAAGGAAAAAUACGAGUAUGAGUAUGCCUUCACCUGAUACUAUUAACAUUGUGAACUUGUUGGUAGAGGCUUUAUGUUACUAUUUGUUAUAUUUGUUACUUUUCUAUGCCGUUUUAAUCUUUUCAUUUUUUGUUAAUUUCUAGGUUCCAUUGGGUACAACCAGCGUAACAGGUAACGUGCAUUUCUCGUGUUGAAAUAAAUACCAUGGUCAGCUUCUUUACAAAGAGGAGAGAGUUGUACUCGUUUUUUUCGCGAUUGUACGGUUAUAAGCAAAUCAUAUAUUAACUGAUCCAGCGGGUACAUAAAGUUUCAAUGUUUUGUUUGUUUUGUGUUUUAGAAUAGACACGCUGUUGUAUUUCCUGUGUUACCCUCAGGUGCCAUUGGUGAGAACUAAGGUAAUUUUCUGUUAACCUCAAAAAAUUGCUUCAAUCUAUGAAGAGAUUAGGAAAAGAAAAACCAAUUUUGCUUUAUGGUUCCUUUUUUUCAGACUAUAGACUUGAUUCAAUUCGACAAGCUGCCGGCUGGUAAACUCUUUUUAUUUCUCGGGCAUUUUGCUUGUUGAUUGGUCAGUUUUGUGUACCUCUGUAAUGGUUUGUGAAAGUUUAUUUUUGUUGGUUUUGUAGGUCAAAAUGCAACAGUGGCUGUUAUGAGUUACAGUGGUUAUGAUAUUGAGGUAAAGACAGUUCAAUGAAUUCCCCAAGUGGUUUACAUUAGUUUUAGUAUUAAGCUUCCUCAGAUGAUAACUUUAAAGUUUUUAUUUAUUUCAGGAUGCACUGAUACUAAACAAAGCGUCUGUUGACAGAGGUACCAUCAACCAUUGGUGUUAUACUGAAAUUAAAACGCGUUUCCUACAGUAGACCGUUUUAACCCUGAAUCAAAUUAUUUUGUCUCGUGGUACAGGGUUUGGACGCUGCUUGGUAUACAGGAAGCAAACGUGUUUGUUAAAAAGAUAUGCGAAUCAGGUGAAUACCAAGUCAGAUGUUUUUUUGUGAUUUUUGAGGGACAGGUUGCUAUAAAAGGAGAGGCGAAUCUGGCCAGUUUUGCCGCGAAAUUGUUCGUCAAUCAGAUUUUUGACACACUACAGAUUACUGCUGUUAACAAAGGAACAACAGGUUCUGUGGAUAUCUGUUAACGUGAGGAUUUCAAACCCCAUCUCAACCUCUGUGGUAUCCUCGCUUCCUCUCGCCUCCAGGUUUCGUCUGUUGUUCAAAGGUGAAAUUUCGGUGUAAAGGACUGUUUGUAUUUGAUCGCUAGAAAGAUCCCCUUUUUAUAUCUAACAUAUUUUUCGUUUCCUUUCUUUUCUUUUCUCUCUUGUAUCGUCAUCUUUUUCACUUCAAUUGGAUCUGAAAGACAUUUGAUCGUGUUAUGGGUAAGACUCGUCUUCUAAUUUUAAUUUUAACUUCCCGUCGAAAGAUAUGCAUGCCAAUAGUGCCUUAGAAUGUAAUCAUUACAGUAUAUCAAAACAUCUUCAACCGUGAUUUGGGGCAAUACAAGGGUUUUCAGAUUUCGACCAAAAACACUUGAGGGAGUAAUUAGUUAGAUGUAGAAGUACAAAUUCGUUACUGACUGUAUUCAACGCUUCAAGCAGUGAUUUUUUGAGUUGAAAACAAUUUUGGGAAUAUAACUCGCAGCGAAGGUUGCCACUUUGGUGACCGAUGGUGACAUCAAGAGUAAAGAAUUGGAAAUAGCCCCUCAAAAUCUGUGAAUAACAACUCGAAAGGCCCAAUACUCGCAGGGGGUUUUACCAUUUACCUUCAGUAGUUGGAGAUAGGAAUAAUGUAACAACUUACUAACGAAGCGCCUUAUGUAACAAAGAGUUUUUCCUUCUGUCAACCUCACCAAAACUUACUUUCCUUCUGCUUUUAAAAGUCAAGCUACAAUAAGCAAUGCACAUUAAAUAAAUACAGGCUGUCAAUCUUGGAUAGUAAGGAACUUCGCAAACCUUCAACAUGUGCUCCUGGUAGACGUUGCGUUUGUGUUUAAUGAUGUGUUAUGUGUUUCAUUGAUAAUCAAGAGUGCAAGGGAAACCGGGAAAAAUUAUGAUAUUGUCCUAACGUGUGAACAAACGUAAACAACCAGGGAGUUUUAUGUCGUUGAGCAAUCUGGUAAAAUCUGAUAAAAAGGGCGUGCCCGGCAAUUAAAUAAGAACUCAUUUAGUUUAUGAACCAGGGUCUACCUGACCUUCGUGUUGUGAAUUUUUCAGGUCCUAGUAGAGAUGCAGCGACAGGUGAGGUAAUCUGGAGACACAGAGCUCUUGACGCUGAUGGAAUUUGCGCUCCAGGUAUUUCAGUUUAUUUUGUUGUCCUGUGUGGUGUAUGGAAGAUCUCUGGAGUUAGACGUUCAAAGUCUGAUGAACGUAACCCCAAGAUCAACCCAACUUGAAUUUUGAUCCCAAUUGCGUGUCAAAUUUGAAUGCCAUCGAGGGUUUUCCUCAAAGUGCUGUUUAUUAAGUUUGAUUAUUUUUUACUUCUCGUUGCCUUUGAUUGGUUCGCAAAAACCGCUGUAUCGUCUAAACCAAUCAGAUACAAAACAGUCUUACAUAGUAUCUUUUUUUCUUCUUCUUUCUUUGUUAGGUGAGAGGGUGGAAAACAAACAAGUUCUCAUCAACAAAUCCAUGCCUGUUGUCACUGCUUCAGGGCUUCAGCCAGGUAUGGCCGUGCUAUCGUUAUUGUUUACAUUUGAAAAAGAAAAUCAUUUUUAUUGAUUUAAUGUUUUGUCUGUCACAGUGACACCAGGUCAACCACCUCCCCAACCUGAAUACAGAGAUGUACCAGUGUCGUAAGUAAAUUUUUUGAUAUGCAUUAUUUAUUAGAUCCUAUCAUGGCAUCAUUUCAUGGCUUUAAGAAACCCUACAGUUUUAUUUAAACUUCCAAAUUUGUUAAUCGCUGUACGCUUCUCUGUGUUCUUCUUUUCUCUUCAUAUGUAAAAUCGUCCCAACUCGUGUUUUUAUUCCCCUUUCUAUUUGUUCUGCUUAUAGGUACAAAGGGCCAAAAGAUAUUUACAUUGAGCGUGUGCUGGUGACUUCAAAUGCUGAAGAGGUGGAAUUUUGUUUAUCUCUACAGUCAUGUCCUUUAAGUACUUCAAAUAAUGACAAGUGUCUUGACAAUACGCGUCAAUAAAAUAACUCAGUCUUCACUUAACAAUAUCUGUUCUGUCGUAAUAUUACACUAAUAAGUUAUUCGUUUUUCUUUGUUAGGCAUUCCUCAUAAAGAUUCUUCAAAGACAGACGCGGAGACCGGAGAUUGGGGACAAGUUCAGCAGUAGACACGGCCAGAAGGGGUGAGUUACACAAAUAACAGACCAUGCUGCUGGGCCUUGCCCCUUAACCCGUAGCUCCUGUGUACCGUUAGACGGCCACUUAGUAUUCUACCCUGAGAUGUGGGUCUUGAUUGGUAACAGAUAUUGUAGUCUCUGUAAUUACUGAUAAUUACACAAUUUUACAGCAGGUUACAGUAAUAUUAGGAAGUGUAAAACCCGGCAAUAAUCAAUUGUUUGUUUUUUGUUUCAGCGUUUGUGGUUUAAUCGUAAAUCAAGAAGAUAUGCCUUUUACUGAUUUGGUAAGAAAGUAAAUAUUCAUCUCUGGUAUUUGCUUCUUUCUUUUCCAUUUACGUUCUAUGUUUAGAAGUUUUUCCUUCUUUUUUUUAUUAGGGUAUUUGUCCUGAUAUUGUAAGUAUCAUCUUUCUUUUGUCACUGAUUCAGAAAUUUUUUUGGAUCAAUAUCAGUAUCCGGGCAACGGCCCACCUACCCCUCCCCUAACCCAACGGCAGUCAAUUGAUAACAACUUAGGGUGAAUGUUGGGUUAGGGGAGGGGUAGGUGGGCCGUUGCCCAGAUACUGAUAUUGAUCCAUUUUUUUUUUUGUUUUGUUUGGUCUGGUUUUGUUUUUUAAGUUUUCCUUCUAGGAAACAAGCAAAAAUGUAAAAAAAAUAAAUAAAUAAAUGGGGAAACGGCAACAACAAAGCAACCUGUAUGAAAAUAAAAGAGAAAAAAUAACCAAAGAACUGUUAAUGGAAAACCUGACCAUCAGCGUCUUGUCUGGUUCUUCGUUUGUUCUGUUUCGAUCUACACAGUGUUCUGUUUGGUUUGUAAUCAUUGUGGACAAAGCUGUUUGGAUUAACAACUAUUAGAUGACAAUAAAUCAACACUUAAACUUUCAGAAGUGAUAAACAUGUGAAUUCUCCCUUUCACAUCUAACAUUAUUUAGCAAAAAGGUAAUGAGAACUCGUCAGGUAGAAGUUGUAAUCUUGAUCAAACACUAAAUUCUGACUAAUUCACAAGGAAAUGUGUAACAAAUAGAGGGGCGAAUUAACAUUCAGAUCUUGGAAGAUGAAGGGUCAAGUUAACGAGAUUUUUAGUAGUUCUACUAAUUUACAACUGGUUUGUAUGACAGAUCAUGAACCCGCACGGCUUUCCAUCGCGGAUGACUGUUGGAAAACUGAUAGAGUUGAUGGCAGGCAAAGCUGGGGUCCUCGAAGGACACUUCGGGUAUGGAACAGGUAAACACUCAAAACGCACGAAACCACUUUUUUAAAAGGUAAACCAAACAUAUUGCCGUAUUUACUUGAAAAUAAUACUUUUUUUCAGCAUUUGGAGGUGACAAAGUGGAGGAUGUUUGUGGUGCUCUUGUAGACCAUGGCUUUAAUUACUCUGGGAAGGAAUUUGUCACGUCUGGUAUUACAGGGUAAGUCAUUUAUAUGGGUAACAGUUGGAAGUGAAACGAGUUUUCACGUUAUAAACGCUCUGUUAGUGCAAUUUAAAACGUUGGCAAAGUCGUUGUGAUUUUCGUUGCCCUUCAUCGUGCUUCUAGGAAGUCAGAACCAAGUUGUCUUAAGAAUAUUUUUUAGGGGGUUUAACUCGAAAGAAUAUGACAAAUCAAUGGAAUACUCGCUCUUUUCUUCCCUUUCUUUUGAUUCCUUUUCCAAACGUCUAUGAACGCUCUGACAUCUUUUUUCCUUAAUGGAGCUUGACACCGGUUGUUUCGUAUCUUUUUGUUCUACAUACUCGCCAGAUGAUGGCGCGCAGCUGGCCAGAACUGACCCACUUAGGCUGGGAAUGCCUUACGUUUUACCACUGAGCUACGGUUUAUAUACCCCUAUUUGACUUGAAUUAAAGCUACUUUAUCCCUCAGCUGUGAUUUAACGAAAACCCUGACAAAUCUCCGUUACCCAUGUUAGAGAGGGACUGGUAUUGACUUAUAUAGUAGUAACCAAUAAGAGAUUGGAAUUGCAUGGAGCGCUGAACUUUCCGUUUAUUUGAAUAUUUUUUUAAAUAAAAAGGAUAUGUAGUAGCCGAGGAAUAAUGAUAUAAAUAACAUACUCAUCACUGCAUAAUGUUUCAUUUCAGGGAGCCAUUAACAGCAUAUAUAUUCUUCGGUCCGGUAUAUUAUCAAAAACUCAAACACAUGGUGUUGGAUAAGAUGCAUGCCCGUGCUAAGGUUGGAUUCAUUGCAUCCCUCAGUGACUGUAUUAAACGUUGUAAAACAAACCUCUUCUUGAAGCUACUUCAUCUUUAAAGACCAUUAAUCUAAACAUAUCAUUUAUGUUUUCGUUACACUAAUUCUCUUAUAAUUUCUGUCAGCGAAGCCUUGAAUCAAAGCUGAUGGUAAUCGAGAAUAAUCUUUCCUUAACAUUUUCUUUUAAAUUGAUUAGUGUUGUUUUCUUUUUAAAAAAUCAAUUAAUCGUUUAUUUAUUGUUUAUCUAAUAUGAUACCUUCACUGGAGAAAAACACACUUUAUUAUAGUGAUUAUGUUGAAUUGAUAAUCAGCCAAUCUAGGGGUACUAGUAUAAGUCUACUCACUUUUGUCAAACGCGUAUAAAGCGAGCAUUAGCCCCAAUAAGCUCCUAUCUUUUGCUUCCUUCUUUUCCCAUCAGACGAAAUUGUAUCCGCAUGUCUCGUGGGUUUGAGCGUGAGCCGGUUUUCUGUCUCGUAAGAACGGUGUUGUAUUUUAUUGUUACUGUUUUUCAUGAUUUUUUCAGGGUCCCCGAGCUGUGCUGACCAGACAACCAACAGAAGGACGAUCACGGUGAGAAAUACCGUAACCUUCUCUUAGGAAAAGGCCCAGAUUAUUAUUAAAACUGUAGCUGUAUGAUAAAGUUCCCAUUUGGGCAUCGGAAAAAUGAACGCUUCUGCGGGAACAAAGAACAACAAGUGACAAAGCAGAGGGAAAAUUCAGAAGAAGAAGCAAGCAAAUAAGUCAGAUGCCCAGCGUCACUCGCGAGGGAAACAUCUUCGACCAAACUGUUAUUAUUUGUUCUUUUAUAUUUGACUCGACUUAGUGGGUGGCGCGUAUCUCAAUCCAAAAAGAAAGUAGUAAUCGGCAAGAUGUAACUUUACAGACAGACUCUUUGUAAAUAUGUUUCUUACGAACACUUGUUUGUGUUAUCAGGGACGGCGGAUUAAGGCUGGGAGAGAUGGAGCGAGACUGUUUGAUAGCUUACGGUGCCAGGUGAGUUAAGUAAACAAGAAUAAGUCUUGAUAUUGAGCUGUGUAUAUUUUAUAAGAGAAACUCUUCUUCCACAGCCCAGCCGAGAUAUAUAUAUGAGGGGGGCAGGGAACUUUGAAAUAAUCAAUAGAAAACCUCCUGCCGAAGGAAAAAAUGAAAAAGUUUGUCGCGUGAAGCUCAGGAAGAUAAGGAAGAACGCAAGGAAAAAUGAGACUGAAAAUUAAAUUCGAGCACAAAGGAUUCAACCAUCUCUUUCCUUAGAAAUAAAAUUGCAUCUCCUUCCCUUUCUCAAUUGUAAAUACAAAUAUUUUUUCCCACGAACAGCAUGCUCCUUCUUGAAAGACUAAUGAUAUCAAGUGACGCCUUUGAAGUAGACGUGUGCAGCGAGUGUGGCCUUAUGGGAUACUCAGGAUGGUAAGGAUGUAGCUGCCAACACUAUAUCAGCUAUCUGUUUUAGUUUAGAUUCUUGAUAUUUAAACCUAGUUUAUGGCUUACCUCACUGGCAGGUUUUAUGUCGCUCAGUUGGAUGCGAUAAUUGAAUUAUAGGUGGAACUCGGGCUCAAUAACUAACUGCUGGUCCUCUCCGAAGAUUCUCUCUUCGGGGAAAAACGAAUACCAAACAAAUGAUCCGAACACAGGCGAGAGACGGAAAUCGAACCAAAAGGAAGUCAGAUUGUGUUCUACGCUCGCGACAAAUGUAGACCAUUUUAUAGCUUUCAUAAAUCGCAUGAAAAUUAUCAAGAAAGAAAUGGUCUUUAUUAAAAGAGAGAACAGUUAGUGGAUUUUUUUCCAUCCAGGUGUUUUUGUUGUUAACAGUAGGAAUGGAGUACAGUGUUGGCCUCAUAGAUAAGGAAAAAAUUUUGAAAACCCUGAAUUGCAGAGUUUUACGUUUUACAAAACUUAUUUUUAAUGGCAUUUCGUUGUGAAAUAACAGAAAUGUGUACUUUCUUGGUGUGUUUGUGUCUCAGUGUGCAUGUCCAUGGUGACUGACUUUUACUUACUAUGUGGUUUUUCACCAAAUGAAGCCGACCUAAGCUUACGUGUAGCCGUACCCUCCUCCCUCCCCAGGAGUAACGUUUCUCCUUGGGAGGGUGGAAGGGUUCGGCUACGCGUAGGCCACCUGCACCACUUUUAAUUGUGUGAAAUGUUGCCAUUUUUGUAUGAUUAUGGGGUACGAUUAAUUUUAUCUUGCAUAUUUUUUUUUUGUAGGUGUCAUUACUGUUCAUCAUCUCACAAUAUUUCAACUCUAAAAAUACCUUACGCUUGUAAACUUCUGUUCCAAGAACUUUUGUCCAUGAACAUAGUACCGCGGCUAUCACUAAAACACUACACGGAUGAGUGAAGACGCCUUCAAACACCCACAUCAUUUCCAGAUUUAUCACAGAGGACCUGGCAGAUCAAAGAAUUGUAGGCAUAUAUGGUAGGGAUGAAAUACUCUGCCAAUGGAAUUACGUGCGAUUAAGAUCCAGUUAUCUGAAGGGGAAAUUCCUUUAACUGGGAGUUAAAGGUGGCACACAAAAUUAUUUUCGGGAAUCUUGGAAACUUCGUAGCUCUUGUAAAGCUGCUUUUUUGAAAAUUGAAACAUUGUAUAAACGGUUGACUACAAAACAGAACGAACUUUGUUAGUGCCGUCGUUGUUAGAUUGUGAAAAUAGAGAUGCAUCGCCUUCGUUGACACAAUGGAAGGCAAAGUCAAUGAGCCCUAGCCGGUGCUGCUUUGAAUUCUUUCAGUCUCCAUUUGGCCGGUUUUGUUUGUUUGUUUGUUCGGAAACAAAAUCCAGGGUAGGGUAACUCGUACACAGACCAGUAUUCAAGUCAGUUUCAAACACCUUUAUCUCAUUCACACGACCUCGCACUGAUUCUUCACAAUGGAAAAAUUGUAGGUGCAGCAAAGGUGUUGAUAUGCCGCCAUGACCGUACUGAGCACCUGCCACAGGGUUGCAUAUAAACAUGGAGUUGAAUCGUCACUCUACUGUAUUAUUUUAAAAAAACAACAACACAAAACAAAACAAACAAAAAUCAACGGAAAUCACUGAAAAACGAGGAUAAUUUUAACAACUUUAGUACAUUGUUAAGUUAUCGAGUUUCCGUCAGGGGUUGGGUGGGUAAUGCAUUUGUAACAAAGUCCAGUCAUUAUAAUUGUAGCAUCAUAUCACAUGACACAAUAGGG